UAGCCAGAAUUUCUAUUGAAAGAAGAAUCAGAUCAUCAUGUUUUGUCAAUGUAAUGCAUUUAGCUUAAGAGUAAAAGGGCGUUUUUUUUUUAGGUUUAUACGCAAACGAGUGCAAAGUAACAAGAGCAUAUAAAGGCGGAGUUUGAAAAGUUUAACUACAGAUGUGAAUAGAGGCGGCGAGUUAACGGAAUGCGCCAACCUUCCUACAAAGACUGAGAAACCUUUAAGCACACACUUUAAAUACUUGAUUCUACCCCACUUUACUAAUUUCACCUGCCACGAGGACAGGACUUUUAUCAAAGGGUAAUAAGGAUUUCAAUUUUAAGGAGGGGGUACUGUACUUUUUGCAGUUGAAAAUCGAUUGGUAGUCUAGGCCUAUACAAAAAUGUCUGAGACAUCUUCAGUCAACUCUGGGUCCAGCCAACGACUCAUGCAGCUGUCACAGAAUGGUGACUGGCUUGUGCUCGAGCAGACAAUCAAAGGGAUGGAUAAGGGAGAUCCAGAACUAACUGCAGUUGAUGAGGAGUCUGGUUGGAAUCUGCUGAUGAUCGCAGUGAGGGAGAACCGUCUGUCUGUAGUAGACCGGUUACUGGAGUUAGGAGUCAGUCCCAGGGAAAGGACAAAAGAUGGCAUGACUGUAUUGCAUAUUGCAGCGGCACAUGCCAAGGAAGACAUUAUGAAGCUCCUGGUCAGGAGGGAAGAUUGUAAUUCACUUGGAGGGCCCAAGGACCAGCUGCCUCUUCACUUUGCAGCCUCCCGGGCCGUCCCAUCCCUCAGCAUCCUCCAGACGCUGCUCAAGUUCUCCAACAAAGAGGCCCGGCUCGUACCAGACAAGGAUGGCUGCAUUCCACUGCACCUAGCUGUCGAAACUGGGAAUGUUGGAAUCGUUAAGGAGCUACUUGGACACCAGUCAGAGCCUCAGCUCACAGCUCAGAAAACAGGCAGUGGAGAUGCAGCCCUCCACAUCUGCUGCAGACGGAAGGACACGGAGAUGGCCAAGGUCCUCAUUCAGUAUGGAGCCAACGUGGACAUCCAGAAUGAGGAAGGACACACUCCACUUCACAUAGUUGCAUGGGAGGGAGACAAGUUCCUAUUGAAACUGUUCUACCAGAACAAAGCCAACCCUGACAUCAUUGAUAAGAUGGACAGGUCCCCGCUGCAUAUUGCUGCAGAGCGAGGCCACAGUUAUGUGGUAGAUGUCCUCACAGAUAAGUUCAAGGCGAACGUGCUAGCCAGAACUAAGGACGGCAGCACCAUGAUGCACAUAGCCUCCCAGUGUGGACACCCAGACACCGCCCUCACCUUCAUGAAGAAAGGCGUUCCGCUGCACAUGCCCAAUAAGUCAGGUGCAGUGUGUCUGCAUGCAGCAGCCAAGCAAGGUCACACCGCUGUAGUGCAGGCUCUACUUCUUAAGGGGGCGCAUGUGGACAUGACCACUAAGGACGGCCUGACGGCCCUGCAUGUUGCCGUGCAGAACGGCAAGCCCCUUGUGGUCCAGAUGCUCCUGGGUUUUGGGGCGCAGGUCCAACUCGGCGGAGGCAAGGCCCGGGAGACCCCGCUGCACAUUGCUGCCAGGGUGAAAGGCGGAGAGAAGGUGGCGGAGAUGCUGCUGAAGAGCGGGGCUGAUGUCAACGCGGAGCAGGAGAAUGGGGAGACACCAAUGCAUAUUGCUGCACGCUACGGAGGGCUUAAGAUGAUGAAGAUCCUGAUAGAAGAAGGAGGAGAACUCACUUGCAGAUCCAAGGCUGGAGAGAAUCCUCUCCACAUUGCUGUGCGCCACUGCCACGCCGCCGUGGUGGAAGAGAUCCUCACCUAUCUGACCAAUAACAAAAGCAGAGAGGAGGCCCAGCGCUGUGUGAGCCAGGGAAACAGGAAAGGAGAGACCUCCCUGCACCUGGCUGCUGAGCUGCAAACGGACAGUGUCCACAGAGAGGGAGAGGAUGUGCACAUCAUCAAGACUCUGAUGGAGUAUGACAAGGACAUUACCGUCGCCACCAGAGAGUUGUCUGAGACUCCCUUGCACUACUGUGCCAGGAUGGGCAACACAGGUGUCCUACAGGAGAUGCUGGACAACGUUCCAUCCAGUCGCCUGCAGGUGGCAGUCAACAAGCACUCCAAGAACGGCUGGUCCCCAUUGUUAGUGGCUGCUGAGAGAGGUCACCCUGAGGUCGUUAGUAUCCUGCUGCAGAAUCAAGCCAGGGUGGACGUUUUUGAUGAGGAAGGCAAGGGCGCUCUCCACUUGGCUGCGGAGCAGGGCCACGAGGACGUCGCUGACAUCCUUCUCUCCCACAAGGCCUUUGUGAACGCUAAGACCAAGCUGGGGCUGACUCCGCUACACCUGGGAGCCCAGAAGGGCUCAGCUGGUCUGGUCAAGCUGCUGGUGGAAAGGCAUCUGGCCAGCAUUGACUCCCUUUCCCUGAGGAGGCAGACCCCACUCCACUUGGCUGCCGUCAGUGGACAGCUGGACGUCUGCAGUAGCCUACUCACUCUUGGCGCUGACGUCACUGCUACCGACAUACACGGCCAGACACCCCUCCACCUGGCUGCGGAGAAUGAUCACUCAGAAGUGGUCAAGCUCUUCCUGAAGCACCGCCCCAGUCUGGCCACGUUGUCCAAUGCGGAGGGAGCGACCUGCACCCACAUCGCCGCGGCCAAGGGCAGCCUCGCCGUGGUCAGGGAGCUGCUCACGUUCAACCAGGGAGGAGUGAACACGCUGAGCACCAAGACCACUGGCUCCAGUCCUCUGCACCUGGCAUCUGCUGGGGGACACACCGAGGUGGUCAGGGUCCUCCUGGAUGCCGGAGCCUCUGCAGCUGACGAAGAUAGGGAAGGAAUGUCUGCGGUUCAUUUGGCAGCCAGGAAUGGCCACACCCACAUCCUGGAGGUGCUGAAGGAAAGCAUCUCAUUGGAGAUCACCAGCUCUAAGACAGGGAUGACUGCCCUGCAUGUAGCGGCCUGUUUUGGCCAGGCUGGCUUUGUCAGGGAGCUCCUCAUGUCGGUCCCGGCCACCAUACGCAGUGACACUGUGGAAAACAAGCGUAGGUCGAGAGCCUCGUGCAGUCCGUCCCGCACAGAGUCAGGAUACACUGCUCUGCAUCUGGCCGCUCGGUUUGGUCACGAGAAUGUUGUGAGGCUGUUGCUCAACUCCCCCGGAGUACAGGCGGACGUGGAGACAGACGUGCACGGCUCCACCCCCCUCCACCUGGCAGCCCAGAAUGGUCACAUGUCGGUGAUUGGGCUCCUGCUGAGCCGCUCCGGCUCUCUGCUUCACCUGACGGACAGACAGGGCUGCACCGGAUUGCACUUGGCCUCCGCUAGCGGGCACGUGGCCAUGGUCCGAGUUCUGCUGGGCCAGGGUGCCGAGAUCAACCACACCGACAAGAGUGGCUGGACCCCGCUCCACUACGCAGCCAAGGCUGGCUGUCUGGACAUUGUUCGGAUCCUGGUGGAGAGAGGGGCUUCGGCCAGCGUGGAGUGCCUGGAGGGACGGACGCCAUUGCAGUACGCUGCCGGGGAGAACCACCAGGGGGUCGUCAGCUUCCUGCUACAACGAGAGGACAACAACAUACGGAGACUGUUGGAGGACAAGAAGUUCGUGUUUGACAUGAUGGUGUGUGGGAAACUGCACUCCAAUACGGCUCUGGAUGACCUUAUCCUCCACUCCGCGGCUCCCCUGGACACGGCUGUCCGCUUGUCCAGAGCCCUGGCCCUGACUGCCCUGAGGGUGAAGGACCGCUACGUGGACCUCAUGGCCGCCGCCCAAUAUUGCGAGAGCCUUGCCUCCGACCUCCUCAGCUUGGCCUCGCCCGGGGGUAAGGGGGCCGGAGUGGUGCUUAGAUCUGUGGACCAUAGGGGGGUCAGCAUGGUGGACUGCCUGAUCGAUGCGAUGCAGAAGGAGGUGGUUGCCCACCCGGCUGUGCAGAAGUACCUGACGGAGGUGUGGCAUGGACCUCUGCAGUGGGACGCCUGGAAAAUUGUUCUGCUAUUCUUUGCCCUGCUGAUUUGUCCUCCGCUCUGGCUGUUUGUUUCUCUGCCACUCAAACACAGGUUCAACACCAUCCCCAUUUUGAAGUUCAUGACCCACCUGGUGUCCCACAUCUUCCUCCUGGCCCUCUUCAUCAUCACCAUUGUGUACCCCCCGCUGAACCCAAUCCACCGGGGCUGCCUAAUGCCCAGUUGGGGCGAGUGGCUCCUGCUGACCUGGCUGGUAGGUGUACUGGUGUCCGAGCUUACCCAGCCAGGGGUGCACCGCAGCCUAGCCUGGAUCCGGGUGUUCGUCCUGGUCUUUUCUGCCGCCGCCUGCUUCUGUCACAUCCUGGCCCUGGUUCUCCAGAACUUGGAACAGUCCAAACUUAACUGCCUGUUUGCCCGGAACUUCCUCCUGGCUAUUGCCAUGACCCUGGGAUUUGUCCAGCUGCUGGAGUUCCUGACCUUCCACCACCUGUUCGGCCCCUGGGCCAUCAUCAUCAGGGACCUGAUGAAGGAUCUGGGAAGGUUUGCCGUCAUCGUGGUCCUCUUCCACACCACCUUCACCCUGAGCCUGUAUGCAGUGUGUCAGCCUGGGUUCCCGCCUGCUAACAACCCCAAUAACAGCUGUUGCAACCAGGGAAAUACUUGCGGGCAGCAGGAGAUGGAGCCGACCUUACACUACAUUUCUUUCCUCCUCUUCUUUGCCCUGUUUGGCCUGACAGGGUUUGACGAAAUUGGCAAGCUGAAAUGCUCUCUGCCAGCCUGCAACGUAGUGCCACACUUGGUGUUCGGCAUCUACAUGGUGGUGACGGUGAUCGUUCUGAUCAACCUGCUCAUCGCUAUGAUGAGCGACACCUACCAGCGCAUCCAGGCCCAGUCGGACACAGAGUGGAAGUUCGGCCGGGCGGUGCUCAUACGGGAAAUGAGCUGGAAAUCUGGCACACCGUCGCCGCUCAACCUCUUUACCAACCUGUUUUUCUACAUUAAGGCUUUCUACAAACACGGAGGUAAGAUCUGCUCUGCGGAAGGCCAGGGGCUGAUGACUGAGGAAGAGGAUGCUGAAGGGCUGACUGGGCCAGACUCUCUGGACAUGCUGGCUCACACCUCAGUGGCCUGGAAGAGAUCCACCAUGAAAACACAGAUUCUUCCUGAGAGUGGUCAGCCCCGCUUAUCCAUUCCUGGGCCUGCGGAACAGGUGCAUGUGGAGCUGGUGACUGACUGGUCCAAAGUGGUUCAGCGCCACCUGGCCCAGAGAGGACAGGGGGACAGAGUGGUGCAGGAGAGGGAGCCUGGUCCAGUCCAGCACUCUAGUGGACACAGUCCAGCAGAAACCAAAACUCAGAAGCUCACACAUUAAAAGCCUUACCAAGCACUCUUAACACCCUAGCCAAGCCGUGACCGGGCCCAACACCACACAUUUCCUUUAAGAACCAAGCCUCGACUGGGCCAACACCAUACCUUUCCUUCAAGAACCAAGCCUCGACUGGGCCAACACCAUACCUUUCUUUCAAGAACCAAGCCUCGACUGGGCCAACACCAUACCUUUCCUUCAAGAACCAAGCCUCGACCAGGCCCAACACCACACCUUUCCUUCAAGAACCAAGCCUCGACUGGGCCAACACCAUACCUUUCCUUCAAGAACCAAGCCUCGACCAGGCCCAACACCACACCUUUCCUACAAGAACCAUUCAUUGACUGGACCAAACACCACACCUUUUUUCGCAUUGUGGGACUGGAAAGGCAUUUCAGAUAGAUGAUAGUGUAACCAGAGCACAUUAUUAAAAUGACUAGUACUACAAUGAUGGUGGUAACAUCUCAGUCAGGCAAGUUAGUCCAGUUUUAAGUUUUGCUAUCGGUUCCUAUAGACUGCGUUGAAUUAAUACUUCUUACAGUACUAUCUUACCCAUUGGUUUGUGGCCUCUUUCUCUCCCUUUUUGCCUGUUUGUUCAUGUCUAUCACUUUCCUGACAUGAUUAUACAUAGCAUCAACCAAAUUCUUAAACACAUUGAACACAUUGAUAUAAAAAGUCUACACACUCCUGUUAAAAUGCCAGGUUUGUGAUGUAAA